GGAUCAUCCCCUCAUCUGGUGGCCUGAGGCUGUCAUCUGUUCCUCACCUUUCAGGCACUGAUCCCGGCAUUUUCAGGCACCACUUCAGGCACGUGAAGGCAUCGGUUCAGGCAUAAUCAGGCAUGCGGGGCCAGGCACCCGCACUCCUGCCUCAGGCUACCACUAUCAUGUGAUUUAUCUUUUUUUUAUCUUUAUUUUUUAUUUUCAAUUUUCUUAAUAUUUUUUCCCCACUGCAAAUCAUCAAAUCAUUCUCCAUCUUCUCAUUUCUCCCUCCACUCCUGGAUUUUCCUCCUCUUCUUUCUUCUUUCCUCUUUCUUCUUUUAUUUAUUGAUGCCAUAAACAAUCAAUCAAAAUGCCCCUCUCCCCCGAAGACGAGGUCGUCGCCAUGGUCCAAUCCGUCACCCCUCCGACGGUCCCCGCUCAUCGCUCCCACGACCCCUCCAACAAUCAGAAACGCACCGACCCCUUCCUGUUCGGCUCGCGCUACCUUGAAGAAGGCGACGACGUCUUUGAGUUCAAUGCCUGGGAUCACGUCGAGCCCGAUGACGAGUUCAAGGCUUUCGCCGAGACCCAGUACGCCAAGCAGCGCGAGGCCCCCGUCUCCGACUUCGACCGCAAUCGCUUCAACGCCGACCCCGCCAAGUGGUGGAACCUCUUCUACAAGAACAACACCGCCAACUUCUUCAAGGAUCGCAAGUGGUUGCGCCAGGAAUUCCCCGUUCUCGCCGACGUCACCAGCCCCGGUGCUGGGCCCCAGGUCGUGCUCGAGGUCGGCGCCGGCGCCGGCAACACCGCCUUCCCCCUCGUCGCCCACAACCAGAACGACGAACUCAUGGUCCACGCCUGCGAUUUCUCCAAGACCGCCGUCAAGGUCAUGCGCGAGAGCCAGCAUUACGACCCCAAGCAUAUCGUCGCCGACGUGUGGGAUGUGGCCGCCAAGCCGGACGAGAACGGCGACGGCCUGCCCCCAGGCCUGCCCGAGGGCUCCGUCGACGUCGUCGUCCUCAUCUUCAUCCUCUCCGCCCUCUCUCCCGCCCAGUGGGAGCAGGCCCUGCGCAACAUCUACCGCGUGCUCAAGCCGGGGGGUCAGGUGCUGUUCCGCGACUACGGACGGGGCGAUCUGGCCCAGGUGCGCUUCAAGAAGCAACGUUACAUGGGGGAGAACUUUUACGUUCGGGGUGAUGGAACCCGCGUCUACUUCUUCGACAAGGAAGAGCUGCACCACAUGUGGAGUCGGUGGACGCCGGAAGGGGGGUUGCCCCCGACCCCCGAGGGCGACUCCUCCCCCGCGGAGGCGACCGACGCGUCGACCCCUUCGACCGGGGUGUUUGACAUCCAGAAGCUCGGCGUCGAUCAUCGCAUGAUUGUCAACCGCCAGCGCAAGCUGAAGAUGUACCGGUGCUGGAUCCAGGGCCACUUUACGAAGCGGGUGACCGGGACGGAAGCCGAAACCACGGGGUGAGCGACAACCCUUAGGAUGAGACUUACCUUAGACGUGGCUGCCACGGCUCCCUCAUGGUCAAUCUAUUGACGGUACCGAGGAUCACCCUACGCGUGGACUCCCGUCGCGGUGACGCAUGAUCCGGAGCAUUCCAGUCCUUGCAGCACUGAGACAGGACCGAAAGGUUCUAGAUAGACCAUAGAUCAGAUUCAUGAUGUAACGAUAGCGAGACUCUGAAGCCCGCAUGAGUCUCAUGAAAUACGCCUUUCAUGACCGGCAUC